GGCGACAACUGUCAAUCAAAAUAUUUUAUAAAAUUCUGUGCAUAAAAAACAACAUUGAUUAUUUCGCCAACCUUUCACUUUUAUCAAAUUGCGUUUUCUCUAAAACUUUUGGGAAGGUGUAAUUUGGACUACAGUAAAUGUGAUAGAAAAAUUAUAGUCCAUUGGUCUCGGAAAUGGAUUGCUAAAUCAAUAAAAUGGGAUUGGAUUUCGAUGUUUUGGAAUUUUGUAAGAAGUUGCGGCAAAACAGGCCACCGCCCUACCAAUGUCCACUUGAAAAGUGUGAUAAAGUUUAUAAAAGUCUAUGCGGAUUGCAAUACCACCUUGUUAAUUACGACCAUGAUAAUCCCACACCGGCAACUCCCACCGUAGUUCGUAAUAUAUGUCGGAAGAAAGGUAGGACCCGAGCUGCGGUUCCAACUGGAGAUAUUGCUCUUCAGAGCCCACCAAAAGAGGCUUUAACUUUUGCUGAAGCUCAGAAAGUAGUACAGUUUGAAAUUGACGGGAAAAUAAGUCGUAUACCGAUUGAUCAACCUUUGCCAAUUAUAUCAUUAGAGGAAUGGGAAAAGAAGAAUGCGGAGCUAGAAAAGCCACUUCCAGUCGUAGAACCACCUCCUGAACCUCAAGUUAAACUACCUGAAGCUACUUUUCGGUUAAUACCAGAUUACAAUGAGAGAGUAUGUGAUGCUCAACCCAGACCAAAUGCAUACAUUCGCUUCAUUGAGAAAUCGGCUGAAGAAUUGGAUGGAGAAGUGGAAUAUGAUGUGGAUGAAGAGGAUACAGCUUGGCUGGCUCUUAUCAACAAGAGCAGAGCUAAACAAGGACUCCCACCGGUUUCUGUUGAUACAUUAGAACUGCUUAUGGAUAGACUUGAAAAGGAAUCUUACUUUCAGGCUACACAAAGCGGCCAGCAGACCGCAGCCACAGUGGAUGAGGAUGCGGUGUGCUGCAUCUGUAUGGAUGGGGAGUGUCAGAACACUAAUGUUAUACUGUUCUGUGAUAUGUGUAACCUUGCUGUACAUCAAGAUUGCUAUGGGGUACCAUACAUACCGGAGGGGCAGUGGUUGUGCAGAAGAUGUCUGCAGUCUCCAUCCCGGCUAGUUAACUGUGUAUUAUGUCCCAAUACUGGAGGUGCAUUCAAACAAACAGAUCAAGGCACGUGGGCGCAUGUUGUAUGCGCUCUUUGGAUACCUGAAGUGCGAUUUGCUAAUACCGUGUUUUUAGAACCAAUCGAUUCAAUAGAGAUGAUCCCCGCGGCGCGGUGGAAGUUGCAGUGCAUGGUGUGCAAGCAGCGCGGCGCCGGCGCCUGCAUACAGUGCCACAAGAGCAACUGCUACUCCGCCUUCCACGUCACCUGCGCGCAGCAGGCUGGGUUGUACAUGAAGAUGGAGGCGGCGGGCAGCGGGCGGGACCCCAGCCAGCCCGUGCAGGUCGCCAAGAUGGCGUACUGCGACGCGCACACGCCGCAGCACAUUCUGCAGGAAAGACGUGCCCAAGAUUCUGAAGGUGAUUCAAAGUCGACAGAUCUGUCUGCCAUUAGACAGAAAGGAAGGGAUAAAAUUAAACAGGCGCGGCGCGUGCUGGCGCGCGCGCGCAGCUGGGCGCCGGUGGUGCUGGUGCCGACGCUGCGUGCGGAGCGCGUGGCGGACGUGGCCGCGCUGCUGCGGGGCCCGGCGGCGGCGCGCGCCAGCCUCAUGAAGCGCCUGCUGGCUUACUGGACUCUGAAGAGACACGCCAGGAACGGAGUGCCGUUGCUCAGGCGGCUGCAGAGCUUGGCUACUAAUCAUGGAACCCGCGGCAUCCAGGACGGCACAGUCAAUGUACGAGAACUGUGCAACCAACUUAAGUACUGGCAACGAAUACGGCAGGAUUUAGAGAGAGCUAGACUGCUGUGCGAGCUGGUGCGCAAGCGCGAGCGGCUGAAGGCGGAGCACACGCGCGUGUGGGAGCGCUGCGUGCUGCACCCGCUGCACAAGCUGCUGCGCCUGCUGCGCCAGCAGGACACCAGCGACGUCUUCACAGACCCCGUCGACCUCAACGAGGUGCCGGACUACAGCUCGGUGGUGAAGCAGCCGAUGGACCUGAGCACGAUGGGCAAGAAGCUGGAGCGCGGCCUGUACGCCGACAUCGACGACCUGGAGGCAGACUUCAACCUCAUGAUCGACAACUGCCUCGUCUACAACAACAAGGACACCGUCUUCUAUAAGGCUGGUAUAAAGAUGCGGGAGCAAUGCGCCCCCAUAUUCCGCGAGGCGCGACGCGAUGUUCGCGAGGCGGGGCUGGCGGAGGUCGCGGGGAAGGGCCCCGCCGCCGACCCGGAUGAGGCCACGCCCCGGGACACUCCCCCGCCCCCGCCCCGCGCCGCUUCCGCCCCGGAUAUUGCCCCCGUCCCCGCCUCCACCGCAGCGGCGCAGCGCAGCGCUCGCGCACGCAGCAGGGCCAAGAGAUCUAGUAGUGAGAGUGAACAUACUGCAGAUACGAGAAGCGAGCGCGCCGUGUCUGUGGCUAGAAGUGAACGACGCAUGUCUACUCGGAGGCUGUCUGAAGAUAACACGCGCGAGGUGUCGCCGGCGCCGGGCAGCAAGGUGAACCGGAACUGGUGGCGGGGGCGCGGGCGGGGGCGUGGCCGCGGGCGCAGGGGGCGCGGCCGCCUCGCCCAGCCCCCGCACAGGCACGGACAUGAAACUCCGACAUCGGACUCCGAGACGCCAAUUAUCGCCAGAAAGAGCUCGGAACGUAAACUUGUCACUCCGGACAAAUCUCCUGUCAAACAAUCUGAACCAAGCCCCAGUCUGGGUAUGUUGGGCAGUGGUCUAAGAAAGCCGACCUUAAUGUUGACCCCAUCUACUAUCGCAGCGCCAAAGAGUUUCGGUUCUGAUGCGUCCCUGCCGAGCAUGUCUGCGAGCAUGUCCGCGAGCAUGUCUGCGAGCCUGGGCCGCAGCGAGAGCAGUCCGCGCAAGAAGGGCCGCGGCAGACCGCGCAAACAUGACAAGGAUAAAACCUCCGAUUUGUUUAGGUCCGUGGGGGAGGAGGGCGUGGGCACGCCGGUGCCCGCCUCCUUCCUGCAGUACCGCGGCCCGCCCGGCGAGGUCGGCUCCGACAGCGAUCUAGCGCUCUCCAGGUCUUCUAGCAGCAGCAGCGCGUGGUCGCAGUCCUGCUCCUCCUGCACGCACUACGACGACGACGACCGCUCCUGCUCAUACUCCUCUAGCGAUGGGUCCAGUUACAACGAAACCCUGGAGUCUGCGCUAGAGGGCAGCGGCGGCGAGCGGCGCAGGACCCCGCGCGCGCGCCCCGCCCCACACACCGCGCACAAGGGUCGAGGCACGAGGUCGUCCACGUCGAAGACUCCAGUCAAAGCAACGCCAUCGACCACACAUUUAGAGCCAUUACAACUUGUGUGGGCUAAAUGCAGAGGCUACCCUUGGUAUCCAGCAUUAAUAAUAGACCCUAAAAUACCGAAAGGGUUCAUUUACAACGGUGUACCCUUGCCGGUCCCUCCACAGGACGUAUUAAACCUAAAGAAAAACCACUCUCACGAACCAGUUCUAUAUUUAGUACUCUUCUUUGAUGUGAAAAGAACUUGGCAAUGGCUUCCUCCGAAUAAACUUGAAGUCCUCGGAGUGGAUAAAAGCUUAGAUCAAGCUAAGUUAGUUGAAUCAAGGAAACCGACUGAAAGGAAAGCGGUUAAAAAGGCGUAUGGUGAUGCAAUGCAGUUCCGGAAGCAAGUUGACGGUGAAGAUAAAUGACAAAGGUUCAGAUAUCGAUCCCGGAGACGAAAAGGAUUCAGUUUUGGUAAUUUCUCAACGAUGAGGAUUAGAACACCAGUGGGAAGUACAGAUUCGAGCGACUAAAAUAAUUUAGAGGAUUUUAGGCUUUGGUUUUUUAUAUUAUUCUACCAUUAUAAUAAUACUAGCUGUUCCC